UCGAGUUGAAAGUUGAUCGGACAGCACAGUUUCCUAGUGGAGGGACGAUGUCUCCGUACGUCGUCCUCGUCGCGGCGCUCCUCGCCUUGUGCUAUGUCACCAAGAAAGUUCUAGGCAGCGGCAGCAGCAGGCUUCCACCCUCGCCGCCGUCGCUCCCGCUGCUCGGCCAUCUCCACCUAAUGGGCCGCGUGACGCACCGCUCCCUGCUCUCCCUGCACCUCCGGUACGGUGGAGGAGGCGGUCUCAUGUUUUUGCAGCUCGGGCGCAGGCGGACGCUGGUGGUAUCCACGGAGGCAGCGGCGGCGGACCUGUACAAGAACCACGACCUCGCCUUCGCCUCUCGCUUGCACAACGCCGCGAUAGACAAGCUCUACUAUGGCUCUAACAGCAACGUCUCCUUCGCGCCCUACGGUGACGCCUGGCGCCGCCGCAAGAAGAUGGCUGUUGUCCACCUCUUCUCCCCGCGCCGCGCCGAGUCGUUCGCACCCGUGCGCGCCGCUGAGGCGGCCGCCCUCGUCGCGAGAGCCCGCCGCGCGGCGGUGGCGGGUCACGCCGUCGAGCUGAGGGAGCUCCUCUACGGCUACAGCAACGCGGUGGUCACCCGCGCAGCCACUGGUGCCGCGGGGGCCACGGCCGACAGGAUCAAGCAGCUGAUGGCGAACUCGGCGGUGUUCAUGUCAGGGCUCCAGGCGGAGGACGUUCUUCCGGACGCGGCGGCGAAGGUGGUGAGGUGGGCGACGGGGCUCGAGAAGAGCCUCGACGGGCAAGUCGAAGCCUGGGACAAGUUCCUAUCCGAGAUAAUCGCCGAGCACCUUGAGAAGAAGCAGGGAAACGACGGUCCAUAUCAGGAGGAGGACUUCCUGGACGUCUUGCUUCGGUUGAGGGAAGAAGACACCGCCGGGCUUGAGCUCACCGACAAUCACAUCAAAAGCAUAGUCAAGGACAUGAUCGCCGCCGGAACCGAGACAUCAUCGGUCACGUUGGAAUGGGCCAUGGCGGAGCUCGUCCGGAACCCACGGGCAAUGGCCAAGUUGCAGCACGAGGUGACCCGAGCGGCGGAAGACGAUCUAAACAAGAUGGAGUAUCUCAAAGCGGUGGUGAAAGAGGUGCUCCGCCUCCACCCGCCGGCACCGCUCCUGGUCCCGCACGAGUCGACGGAAGCGGCGGUCGUCCAGGGCUACGACAUCCCGGCCAAGACGGCGCUAUUCAUCAACGCGUGGGCGAUCGGGAGGGACCCCACGGCAUGGGGAGAGACGGCGGAGGAGUUCUGGCCGGAGCGGUUCCUGGGCGGCGGCAGCGCGCUGGGCGUGGACGUGCGGGGGAACGACUACCGGCUCCUCCCGUUCGGCUCCGGCCGGCGGCUCUGCCCCGGCAUCAGCUUCGCGCUGCCGGUGCUGGAGAUCGCGCUUGCCAGCCUCGUGCGCCACUUCGACUGGGAGAUCCCCGGCGGGACGUGCCUGGACAUGAGCGAGGCGCCGGGGCUGACAACGCCGCCGCUGGUCCCGCUGCGCCUCGUCCCCAAGUGCAAGACGACUGCCUCAUUAGGCCUUGUGUAAGAGCAGUAGUGUCACAAGAAUAAACAUUUUUUUGGGAAUUCACAAGAAUAAAUUAAUAACGUGUCAUACGGUGCCUAAUUCCCAAAUAAAAAAUACCUCGUCGGAGCUCAUGCUAGUUCGAGGUAA